GGCGAGGAGGAGACGGUGGUGGUGGUGGCCAUGGCGGUGCUGAGCCGAGCUCACGCCGUGGUGACGAACUGAGACUCACACCCCCCCCCCCCCCUUACGGUGGCGGUUCCGUGCGUCCAUGACUGUCCCGGCACCCCCCUCCCUCACCUCCGCGCUGGGCCAACUCUGCCUAAACUGAGCAGCGCGGGGGAGACAAAGGCGGUCGGGGGUAGCCCCCUCCAACACCCCCCGUGAGAGCACAGGGGAUUGGGGUGUUCUAUUUUAAUGGUGGGGUGACUACAGCGGUCGUGAGCCUGCGGUGGAACAUCACGUCCCUAUGGCGGGGCCAUUCUCAAUGAGGUGCUGGGCAGUGGAUUGAUCGCGACAACGCUGGGGGGUGGGUGGCGAGGCGCAGCACGAGGAAGCGCCUGGGGUCGGUGAGGUGAUCCGGCAUUGCUUGCCAUGGCUAUGCUUGAAGUCUCCAUCAACCCCAGAGAAGACUUCUCCGGGUGGCUGUCCGCCCACGGCGUGAGCGCACGCGCCGUCGAGGCUGUGGACGCGGAGCUCGGCGUCGCUGACUACGAAUCCUUCCUGGCCUGCGCCGAGCAGCCGCAGAUCCGUGCCGAGUUCCUCUCUGCCGCCAAGCAGAGGCUGCCCUUCGCUUUCUACGCCGCAGUGCGCAGAGCCACAGAAGCGCUGCUUACGAAGCGGAGGGAGAGAAGCAGCAGGUUUUCCCUGCUGCCUGGGUCUCACUCCGGCCCCCCGCUGCAGCCUUUUCUCAGUGGCUUGUUGGAAGCCAUCGUCCUGAUGCUCAGCACCCUGAGCCAGGAGCUGCAGCAGUCGGCGGAGAGGUUCAGCUGCCUGGAGCCUGCGCUCUACAUGGACACGCUGGAGGACCCGGAUGCUGGAGCCUGCUCAAACGCAGCUGAGGAAUAUGAGACUUUGGCCGAUCCGUGCAUGACGGAAGAUUCUCAAGAUGCGCACGAGGAGAACAUGGAGGCGCUGCUGGAGCCAGGCCCCACGAGGAUUUUUGUGAAAAGAGACGACAGCUUGCCCAGGGGAAUGGCCUCGCCUCAAGAGAGGGCCCCAGGUCCCGCAAGGCUGUCGCCGGCGCUGGAGGUCACUCUUGGAGACAUUAAAACACCCGAAGCGUUGGUGGAGGUCAAAGUCGAAAAAGAUGACAUCUCAAGAGACGAUUCGUUUGGAGGGUCCCCAAUAGAUGAAAUGUUUGAUGGCGUGGCCCAAUGUGGAGACCUAAACAAUGGCGACGAACACGACAACCCAGUGCGUCGUGCGUGGAACCUCGACGCAGAAGCAGGAGUCAUCAUUCACGUUGAUGACAUAAAAUCCAAAGAGGCUCGUUCGUUGUCGAUGAACGUGGAGUCCGCGGUGACGCAGUGCGGAGCGCAGGAGGAGCCUCGCGGCAAUGCGGGCUGCUCGGCGUCAUCACUCGGGCAUGACGACGCUUCCUCGUGGAGUGUGCGGAAAGACUCACGGCAGGGUCUCCGUGGCCAGGGAGAGUCUCGCUGCGUCGGCGCCUCGCUGGGGGGGGGCGUGCUUCCCCGAGCGUGCGAGAGCGGCGGGCAUUACGCCUCCAGUGCCCACAUCACCAACGCCACUACCGCCACAGCGCAGCCUCUACAGCAGCACCAUGCAGGACCCAGAAGGGAAGAUGGUAAGAGGAAAACGUGCACCAUCUCUGGAAUAUACCAACAGAAUGUAGCACUGAUAAACUGUUUCAGAAAUGGCAGGAUCGCUGCGAAUGACAGUGCAGCGCCUCUCGCCGACAUGGAAGCCAGCGUGAUCAGACCGCACUUCCAAACAGAUGCAGAAAUCAUCGACGCCAGAAGUCUAAACAUGAACUCUGCAAGUGGAAGUGCCAUACAAAAUUGCAUUAAGCGCUUAAAAGUAACCGCCCCCCAUAUUCAAAACGCAUGCAGAGAAGCGGGGGAGAAGCCCUACCAGUGCAAGGUGUGUGGCCAGAAGUUCAGGGACCUGCAAUACUUUCGGAAGCACGAGCGGAUCCACGCAGGAGAGGUGCUGUUUGCGUGCGAGCAGUGUGGGAAGGUGUUCCUACAGUCGUUCGACUUGAUCCGACACAAGCGCAUUCACACCGGCGAGAAACCCUUUGCAUGUGCGGAGUGCGGCAUGGCUUUCCGGCUCAAGCACCACCUUGUGGGCCAUCAGCAAAGACACACACGUGACAAAGAUAGAAUCUUAGCCCAUGCCAAUUUGGAAAGCCUACCUCCAAGCAGUGUCAUCCACACAGCUGACAUUUAAACCACCAGGGAGAGAAUCGAAUAUGUCUGCCAUUGUACCUGUCCACCAUAAUUAAGUAAACACAUGUUUCUGUGGCCAUGGCAAUGUGGAGAGUGACACUUCAUCUUCCUGUGUUACUGGUAAUCACACACAUCUAUUGAUGGACAUACAGAAACCUGGCAGGUGCAGCAGUUUGUUUUUCUAAAGAGUUUUAGAUAAUUAGGGUUUGUGUCUUCACGUCUCUUGUAAGUGUUAUGUAUAAAAGGCCUCGACCACACCAGUCUUUCUUUUGUAUGGUAUUUGAAAAGCAACUAUCAAAACAACUAUUGAAGUCUGGUCAUCCGUUCAAUGGCUUGAAGAGUGCUUCAUAUACAGCGCCCGUAUUCCUCUUCGUUGGUAUUGGAAUGGUCACCCUCAUUCUCCACGUGCUUCGUGUAGCACAAUACCAUGCAUGUUGUUGGUCUUCAAGCAUUUGGAGAGGAAGUCGCUCUUUGCAUGGGAGGUCACUUCGAAGUUUAGCUGUACAAUUCUCAGUGAUGCGAUCGCUAUGUUGGCUCGGCCCUCACAGCGGUCAUUUGUAAUGUUGCCGGUGCUUUUCUAACGGGGAGGAUGAUGAGUGUCAUUCGUUCGCCAAUUUGACGACAUUUGUUUUCGCACACAACAAAGAUGUCGACCUCGUUAAUCAGGGAGACGCGCAGUGUUGCUUUUAAUUGAAACAUAACACUUGUUCUGUAUACAAACUGGCCUGCUAGUUCAGUGGUAAUAGUGAGUAGGCAGCCCUUUAAACAGCUGGGGGGGGGGGUGAGAUCCCUAACGGCUGCUGAUGUCGCUGCGGCAGUUGAGGGCCUUCAUAGCGCAAAGCUGCUGGUGUGGACGAGAUUUGCCCAGAGUUGUUGAAAGCGCUGGGCAGUGUAGGAGUGUCAUGGUUAACACGCCUCUUGUAAGAGUGUCAUGGUUAACACGCCUCUUGUAAGAGUGACAUGGUUAACACGCCUCUUCAAUGUUGUAUGGAAGGCAGGUACUGUACUAUACUUCUGGAUUGACAAACUGGUGUCGUGGUUACCAUUUCUUUUAAAAAGAGGACCAGUGGGUGUGCUCCAACUGCAGAGGAAUCGCACUCCUCACCGUCCCAGGUAAAGCUUUAUGCCAGAGUUCUAGAGAGGAGGCUCCUGGUAAGGACGCCUCCUGAUAGACUGCCCCUGGAACUCUACCAGGCACGUACCACUGGGCGAAUACCCUGGGGCUACCCCAGGACACACUGGUGGGAUUAUGUUGCUAAGCUGGCCUGUGAACGCCUGGGAAUUCCCCAGGAAGAACUUGAGUCGCCAGGGAAAGGUAGGUCUAGACCGCCCUACUCAACAUGCAUGCUGCCGCCGCGACCCUCACCAGGACAAGCGGACUGAGGAACGAACGAGGUGUGUGGGCAGAAACCGUUUCACAGCAACGCUUUUCGUCCCGUGCCCAAGCGACUGCGCGUAUGGUGGGUCAGCGUGCACAGUUGAUUGCGCGUCUUGUCAUCCAUCCAUAAGCAAUUCCUGACAAUGGCAGUUCAGACACAAGGCCGCUGCCACCGGAAUUUUGACUGAAAAGCGUUUUGUCUAUUUUGCAUUUUUUUCAAUAAUUGAUGUUUUCGUGUCUAGUUUUUAUUUAUCAAGCAUAAACCAUUUCGGACUUUCCAUAAAGUGUGUCCAGUUUCCCUAACCGGUGUUUAUGUUGAAGUAUGUAUGAUAACCAAGUCAAAUGUUGUGAAAUAUACCUACGUAUGUAUGUAUGUAGAACUUCUUUCGCACCGCACGUAGCCAACUGCUAAUCGGAGGUGCUUAUGAUGGACAAAAGUGCUGUAUCCAGUUUUUUUAAAAGUUUGGAUAUUGUAAAAUCUCAUACAAAGAAUAAAAACAUUCUGGGUAUCGAUGUGAAGGAACGAUUUAACUGGUAAGAAAUAAAGCUGUGCUCUACUUAAA